ACAGAAGCGAUGGAAGAAUGUAGUUUGGUUGGUGGAAGACACAGGUUACUAGUAAGAACUUCUCUUUAGGACGAAAACUUUUAGUAGGCUUACUGAGAUGCUAAGAAUAGGAACGCAAUGAGGCUCAGCACUUGGCUGGUUAGCAUCUGUUCAAAAGAGACUUACUGACAACCUUAAAAUCAGCUCUGCCAAAUCGUUUGGUAAUUCAUCUGAAGAGACAUGGCAUACUGGAUUUUAUUACCCAUCAGUCUCAGUGCUGUCUCAUUCAUCGGCUGCUGGAUGGUGUAUGGACUUGCAUUAAGAUUCCACCAUGUCUGCUCACUCAGUAAUUGGGAAUACAGCGACUCAUGUCCUACAAAUGAAACUGAAAGAUGCUGCACAGGAUAUAACAUACCCACCAUAAGUGGAAGUGGAACCCAAUUUCCAGAAAAUUCAUUGUUUAGUGCUACAAUCAAUGGGGCUUCAUUUUUGUUUGUGGUUUUCAGUGUUUUCCAUCAUGCACACAUCCUGAAGAAAUGCAAUGCUCACCACCUCACCAGCAAGUGUGCUAUGGUCUUUGGUUGUAUUGCUGCAGUCGGUGCCUUCGUGGCUGGAAACUGUAAUCCAGCAGAGCUGAUAUUUCUGCAUAAUAUAGGUGCUGCUUUGAGCUUCAUUUGUGUCUGCUUCUACACGGUGCUGCUCACAUUUCUGACAAGCAGGUGCAGGCUAACUGGACUAGAGUGCUUUCUCUACCCAAUACGGAUCGUGUUCUCCAGCAUCCAGGUCAUAGUGACCAUACUGUACUGCAUCUUUUUUUCUCAAAAGGAGUUCUUUUACAGGCACAUGUCUGCCAUUUUUGAGUGGACAGUCAGCAUGAACCUGGAACUCUUUGAACUCAGCUAUGCUGUGGAGUUUUAUUCCUUUUCUUCUGCAGUGCUUUCAGUACUCCUCUCAAAAAGGGAUGAAGAGAACACAAUGAUUUUGUCCUGACAACUGACAUUUAGCCCAUGCCUCUAGCUUGUUAAGCAACAAAUCAUUGUUAUUUUUAAGGAGCUUACGAUCAAACUUGAAAGUCCUAAAAGAUAUUUAGAGCAGCAAACCAGUAAACGAGUUUGUGACUCAUCUUUGUUACUCAGGCAUGUAAGCAUUAUUUUGCACAAAUGAAAUCCUCAGCCUUGGUUGGAAUUUCUUUUCUGAAGUGUUCUGUAAAAGUUAAAUAUACGCAGGCUGUAUAUGUUACAGAAUUAUUUUUUUGUGAUUCCUUAUUUGAUUAUAUAUAGAAUCAACUUUAAAGUAUAUAUAGAGAAAGAAAUUCUUAUUAUAUGUCUGCAGUGGGGAAGUAAAUUUUGUCAUGAUUGGAAAAAGCAAAUUUUGUUUUGAAUAGCCUACAUCAAGACACCAGUGGGUGGCUAGCAAACUGACCAAUAAAAUCAACUGUUGCAUUUAAGUCUAUUUUUAAAAAUUUAUAAUGAUGUUCUGUAUAUGCAAAUACCCCCACCCCCUUUGUUUUUUUAUAUGUGAUCAUGGUUAAGGGAUUGCAAAAUUCAGCUCCACCUACCAGUUUAUAUCAAUAAACUUACCCGUGUUGUAAAUUCCUGAGAUAUUUAAAGGUACAGGCCUAACUUGUAGAUUCUCUAGUGGACUACUAGACUUUCUUAGAUGUAGACUCAGUGUGUGGAUAUGUCGACUCAUCACAACAUGCUGUACCUUGUUCAUGCUGUACCUUGACAGCAUAAUGCGGUUACUGAGGAUGAAUAAAUAAAUAAUCAGACAAUAAAAAAACUGUGAAAAUUCAGUUUAAAGCAGGGUACUUUUAAUAGGUCAACACGGAUUGGAACUGUACAUCUCAAAUCAGUGUUUUCCAGAAUUGACAUCUAAAGGGAUAAAAAGCUCUAAAAAAACUCAUCUUGGUCAGAAGCUGACUCCGUCUAUACUUUAGUUAAUCCAUGAGUGGGCAAAUGGGUGGAACGAGCAAACCUACUUACCACAGUUACCACAAGCUAACUUAGCAAAAAUGCUAAGGUGGCUAACAUGAAUUUAUAUAGUUUGCAUUUGUUUAAAGUCCAUCAUCCAUGCCCCUCUACACGUUGUCCCAUGUCAACUAUUACAUUCCUUUGUUGUGAUAUUCUAUUAGCUCAUUAGAUAAAGUGAUGCAUACUGUAGCAGACAGCUAGUGGUUUGACACCUGCAAUGCAGCUGUCCCUCAAAUCGGCCACACCCAUAAUUGUGUAUAGCUCUAUGGCUUAGUUUUUUUUUUUGUACCAAGAUGUUCAUUUCAGCUCUAAAUUUAAAAAUUUUAACAUGGGGGUCUAUAGGGAUUGACUCACUCUUGGAGCCAGCUCCCAGUGGUAAUUUUAGGAACAGCAUUUUUGUAAGAAAAUAUUUGUCAUAGAUGGCUUUCGAAAAAGACCAGAUAGCAAAAGCCCAUUCUGUCUAAAAGAACAUAGUGCAAGACUUGGGGUUUUGCAAAACUGCAUCUAAACAAACCACAAAAUCCGGGAGCAAUAUCCUUUUGUAUUGACGGGCAGCUCAGUUGUUAAGGUGUUUGCCUACUGAUCUUGAGGUUCUAACCCAAGCACCACCAAGCUACAACUGGUCUGCCCUUGAGCAAGGCCUUUAACCCUUGACUGCUCAUAUGUGUAAUGAGAUAAAUGUAAGUCAUUCUCGAUAAGAGCAUCUGCCAAAUGACAUAAAUGUACUGUAAAUGUAAAUAUGAGGCCAAGGUAGAAAUGUUUGGUCAUCAUGCAUACAGCCAAAACACAGUAUUGAUUCAGAUUUUUUUAUGUUUUACAUAUGAUACAGACAAUGUGUGCGCCAAUAAAAUGACUAAUCUUGCUUCCUAAAAAUUUCAAGUUGCUAACUUCACCUAUUUUGAAGAGAUGAUCUUAUAUGUGUGCAAAAAAUGCAAUUUUUCAGCACUAUGCUGUCUCGCUUUAAGCAAUAAUAAUUAAAAAUGGGAUUUUUUUAUGUUUAUAAGUGUUGAUAAAAUCGGUGUAAGCCUCUAGAAGCAUAGGCGCAGUAAAAUUGUUGCUUAAAUUUAUUUUCUGGUAUUAAAAAAAGCUUAAGAAAUUUGUAAUGUCUUUAACCAUGUUAAAUUCAUGUUGCAAUAUCUUAACAAUUUUGCAUUUUAGAAUAAUACACUUUUUCAGAUUUAUGUUUUUUUCAUGCAAAUUCAUAUUAUCUGAAUAACAACUAAGAUCACUGAGAAAUUUUUAUUCCACAAAGUUAUGGACACUACAUAACGGCAUGAAAUUGUAUUUAGCAGUGUUUCUUUUCAUCUGAUAAGAAUAUGUGUAUGGAUAUUUUGAAAAUGAAGAACGGAUCGGGAGAAGCAUUAAGUAACAUCAAAAUGGUGUUAUGUGAUCCUAUCUGAAAAUUUACUUAGGUGAGACACUUUUUAGCACCAGUCCCAUCUUUUGUCUGACGAGUGCAAUGUUUGAUGAAAACAGAACAAAAAUGGUAUCACCACAAUUAAUUAACACCAGCUGUCACGCAUGGUGGUGAAAGGGUGAAGAUUUGAGCUUGUUUUGAAGCUACAUGACCUGAUCAAUGUGCAAUCAUUGAAACCAAUCCUGCUGCAGCUUGUUCUGAGCUGAAGUUAGACAGUUAGAAGGGUGUACUUGCACACAGUUUCUGAAUGUUGGUUUGCAGUAUACAAAAAAAUAUUGAUAAUUAAAUAUUGAACCCU